CUUCUUACAACAGCUCAGCCUCAUUCGUGUCGACUGCCCAGAGUCCACGAACAUAGCCUUCCAACAACUCUCCAGCACAAGGAUAUAGGAAAUAUCACUAUCUAGCAAAAGAGAGGAAGAGAUUAAGUCACAUUCAUUUUCCUGAUUGCAUGCUCUUCUUAACAUCUGCGGUGCAUUCCAGGGUUUCCCUGUUGAAACAUGUCCCUCUAUAGCUUUGGAUUGGAGCCUCUGUCUUGUCAUGCCUGGAACAAGGACCGGACACAAAUUGCAAUAAGUCCCAACAGCAACAUUGUGCACAUUUACCAAAAGAAAGGAAAGGAAUGGACUAAGAUUCAUGAACUGACGGAACACAGUGGGCGAAUCACAGGGAUUGACUGGGCCCCAGAGUCCAACCGUAUAGUGACCUGUGCCUCAGAUAGGAAUGCCUAUGUAUGGACACUUAAGGAUGGGGUUUGGAAGCCGACUUUGGUCCUGGUUCGCAUUAAUCGAGCUGCCACAUGUGUCAAGUGGUCACCACUCGAGAACAAGUUUGCUCUUGGAAGUGGGGCUAAACUUAUUUCAGUAUGCUACUUUGAAAAAGAGAAUGACUGGUGGCUAAGUAAGCAUAUCAAGAAACCCAUUAACUCCACUGUUCUGAGUCUAGACUGGCAUCCCAAUAAUGUUCUGCUGGCAGCUGGCUCAGCUGAUCUGAACUGCAGAAUUUUUUCUGCAUAUAUCAAGGACAUCGAGGACAAGCCUGGACCAACACCCUGGGGGUCGAAAAUGCCCUUUGGAGAGGUGCUUCUGGAGUAUAAAGAGUGUGGCGGCUGGGUACACAGCGUCUGUUUCUCCCCGUCUGGUGAUGCUCUGGCCUGGGUUAGCCACAACAGCGCCAUCAGUGUAGCAGAUGCCACACAGGGAAAGGAGGUUACUCAGCUGACAACAGGACAUCUUCCUUUGCUGAGCGUGCUGUAUGUGAGUGAGACAGAGAUUGUAGCUGCGGGCCACGACUGUUGCCCUUAUCAGUUCUCAUACAAGGGUCUUGGAUGCCUGGAGUUUGUGAAGAAAGUGGACAUUCCCAAGCAGAGCUCCAAGGGUAACAUGUCAGCCAUGCAGCAUUUCCGUAAUUUGGACAAAAAAGCAACUACUGAGGAGGAGGAAACUGGGUUGGGCAGUCUGCAUCAGAACAGCAUCACUCAGCUGUGUACUCUGGAAGGGCCGAAAGCCAAGGUGGAGAAAUUCAGCAGUGUGGGCUUAGAUGGUGCCAUGGUUGUCUGGGAUUUUAAGCACUGAAACACCAUGGGAUCUGGAAAGAGCAGAAAACAACAAUAAUAAUUGAGGAUCAUCUUUAUAAGUUUGUUUGUUUCUCAGAAACCUCUUAGCCUUUACUACAAAAGUUACACAUUAAAGUGAUUAAAGCCGGUUGAUUUUAUUAUGAUUAAUAUGAUAUUUCAUUGCUAUGGAAUGUUAGAUGGCCGAUCCCAAAUGUGUGGUAUGCAGUAGUUUUUGUCAUGCAGUAUUAAUUCAUCUUAACACUGAACCCAGGUUUUCGAAAAUAAGCAAACAUAAAAAUGAUUAUUUAGCACCAAAAAGAGAAUUAACAGUGUAUGCAAUGACUAUAAUAAUUUUUUUUUUACACCAAAUGUGCUGCUAUUGUAAUAAAAAUUUAGAUUUGACCAAAAAAAAAAAAAAAUCAACAAACAAAUAAAGAAAUCAUUCUUUAAAAAGUUGGGUGAAUUCGUUUCGCUCUCUCUUGUUGCAGUACUGCAGAAGAUUGUUAGAUACAAAUAACUAUGAGUGAGCCAUCAGAGCCGAUGUAGUGAGGAGAAAGUUCAAAGCGGAAAUAAGAAUAAAACAUUCCAAAAUUACUUGACUGUAUUACAGUUACGCAUUUUGUAAUGAAAAGACAUUAAAAUUGUGAAAAACUGAGAGACACAAAUAAAAUUUGUGUUAUGUUUCUGA